CACAACACUUCUCCUUUCUCACUGCUCUAGGGCGCACGCAUACAGUCAUGUAUCGGUGUGCGUGAACCGUUUACUAUGUUUAACAUAGCAACAGUGAGAUAGGAGAAGUGUUGGGUACAUGCGCUAGCCGCAAUUCCACGAUGAAAUGUAUCGUCACGAUAGAGCCAAAUCGUACUCUUUCGCUUGGGUUCUUUUAAUUUUUUUUCUCGGUCUAAAACUCGAUUUUGAUUGUGUUCGCACAACGAAGCAGAAAAAAAACCAGAUACGCAAGUACACUUCAUUUGUCCUUGAAAUUGACGCCCAACACAAUCUAGUUUAGAAAAAAAAUUGGCAAAAAGAAAGAAAAGUGAAACAAAAUGCUAUGAAAUCAAAAGGUUUGGAGUGCGAAAAAAGUUGUGUUACUAUGCCAGAAAUCGAUUUAGCUUUUUUUGGUGUUUGACAGACGGAAUAACAAAUAAGCUAUAAAUAGAAACAGAAACAUUUCUUUUUCUUUGACAACAGAAUACGAAAAAAAUAGACCAACAUCGUUGUUCGAAAUAAAAGUGUGGAAAAUAAAAACAAAAUUGAGAAACCAUUUGAAAUAGACUUUUAUUUAAAUUUUUCGCAAUUUAAAAGUGAAUCGAUUCAAUUUGAAAUAAAACGUGUGCAAAUCAAAAGUAAAUGUAUAAAAAUGCCGAUCACUUGUGAAGUUCAUUUUGACAGUAAUCCGGCAAAAGUAGUUUAUGCUGGCCAAGUACUAAGCGGAACUUGUCGGCUGACGUCGACAGAACACUUGUAUGUUCGUAGUAUAUUCAUUCGCAUACAAGGGACUGCACAUGCACAAUGGCGAGAGGGCACCGAUGAAAACAGUAAAACGUUCACGGGUGAUGAAGACUAUCUCAAUGAACGAACAUAUUUCGUAAACCGAUCCACAUUUUAUGCGGGUGGUGAGACUCGAUUGUUGGCAGGAAGUUAUACUUACAAUUUUCAAUGUAUGUUACCGCCUGAUUUGCCAUCAUCAUUCGAAGGCGAGUUUGGAUACAUUCGAUAUUGUACACGAGUUGUGAUCGACAUUCCACUAUUGCCAGACCAAACAUUCGAGCAGCUAUUUACUGUUAUUAAAGCCGUUAAUCUGAAUGCUGAUCCAGCCCUUCGAGCUCCAUUCAUUGCUGAAAGACGCAAAACCUUCUCACCAUUUUUACUGUGCUGUUUUAAAUCGUCGCCGCCCAUGACAAUCCUCGCUCGAAUUCCAGUUAGAGGCUAUACGCCCGGUCAAGUUAUCAAUUUGGAAAUAAAUGUAAAAAAUGAGAGCGAUCAACCAGCAUCCAAAUUUACGAUAAAAUUGAUUAAGCAAGUCAGUUAUUAUGUGUGCGAAAACAGUACAAGCCAGAAACAUGAAACAAUUCCGAUAUUAAGGAUGGAAACACGUGGUUGUGAUAUAGGCAAAGAAGAGGAUUAUCGGGUAAAUUUGGAAGUUCCUUCAAUACCUCCAUCAGAUUUUUCUACGAGCAACAUCAUUAAAGUGAAAUAUUCCAUUAGUAUAAUUGGUUCUGUGCCAUGCUUUCACUUUGAUCCAAUCAUCGAUCUACCAAUCACCAUCGGCACUAACCCAAUUCAGGAUAUAACACCAGCGGCUAACGGGGAUCCACAUCCGGAUGAUAUAAUAAUCUAUCAUCCGACUAGCGUAAUUUUGCCACCAUCGGUGUCACAAGUGCCCGAUCAGAACAAUCAGCUGCCAUACUCAGCUGUGCCCAGUGCUCCGAGCGCUCCGUUUCCAUUUCCACAGGAAGAACCUCCCAGCUAUAUGCAGGCAAUGCAAUCGGCAACGAUCGCAGACAGCAACAAUUUCACACCCAAGUACCCAAUGUACAAUCAAAGAACUUCUUAACCUAGCGGCACAAUAUUCCGUUUCAUUAUUAUUUUUUAUUGAAUGAACAAAAGAGUAACCGUUACAGUGGAACCUCGAUUAUCCGUCAGGCACCGGACCAGCACCUUGACGGAUAAUCGAAAAAGACGGAUAAUCGAGGUUUUCAUAAAAUAAGCCCAACCAAUCAAAACAUCCAUAUUAUUAUUAGUUUAUGAUGAAAUAUCGGGUGAUGUAGAAAAUAUAUGACACCUAUAGAACAAAAAACAACUAAUGAGUUCUCUUUCUAUAGAUAAGAUGGAAAAAAACUUAGAGUAAAAAAGAGACAGUUUGGCUCCAGGGGAGUUUAAUAUUUGAUAUGGGAAUAAAACUGCUAUAAACU